AUUGUAGGCUCUUAACAGCAGGGGUUCGCGCUCAAAUACUUGGGGGAGUUUCUAAUAGACGACCAUCCAUCCACCAAUCACAAAGCAUCUGCGCUGGCGAUCUAGGGAAAAUGGCGACGGCACCAUUUUACACAUAUCAAAAUUUAUGUAAUACAAUUUAAAUCGUGUUAAAAACAGAACUUGUUUUUCUGAGAUUGUGCAUUGUCCCUUGUCCUAACAAUCUAUUUUCUUGUCCUUAACAUUCGAUCUCCGCAGAUCAUCAUCAAUUUCCAUAUCAACGUUCGACAGAGACAGACAAGGGCGAACAAGAUAUCUCUCUUUCUUAUUUCCAUAAUACUCUCAGUGCAGGGGAUAACAGUGCUUCUAGUGUUUUUCUGUGUUCAAUGAAUCAAGGUUAACCUUUAUCAACAUUGUAAUAAUAUAAGUAUUUGUUUAUUGUCAGUGUAACAGCGAGUGUUAUAAAACACGCUAUCAUGGUGUGUUGAUUGGAUUAAAAAAAAUGAACGGUCAUUAGUUGACAUAGAUCCUUGGACUUCCUUAUUUUCAUAAUGAUGCUGCGUAAAUUUAUUCAAAUCAGAACAAUUGGAGUCAGGGCGUUUCAAACGUUCGAUGUAAUUGUUGUUGGAGGUGGGCAUGCUGGAACAGAAGCAUGUGCAGCUGCAGCAAGAAUGGGUGCACAAACACUUCUCGUCACUCAUAAAAAAUCUACUAUAGGUGAAAUGUCUUGCAAUCCAUCCUUCGGUGGAAUUGGUAAGGGCCAUCUGAUCCGAGAAGUAGACGCCCUCGAUGGUGUCUGCGGACGGAUAUGUGAUCUAUCUGGAAUCCACUACAAAAUUCUUAACAAACGGAAAGGACCAGCGGUUUGGGGACUUCGCGCUCAAAUUGAUCGAGAUUUGUACAAGAGCCAUCUCCAAAGGGAACUCUUCCGUUUACCAGGUCUGACGAUUCAAGAGGCCGCUGUAGAAGAUCUUAUCCUUAAUUAUGAAACUGGAAAAUGUUGUGGCAUCGUGUUGAAAAACGGAGAAUCAAUUUAUAGCGAAGCCGUUGUGAUAACUACUGGAACAUUCUUAAAAGGACAAAUUAACAUCGGUCUAGAAAAAUAUCCAGCUGGAAGGAUGGGCGAUGAGCCGAGUAUAGGUUUAGCAGAUACCCUUAAAAAAAUGAAUUUCCAAAUGUCGCGAUUAAAGACUGGCACUCCACCACGAUUGAGAAAAUCAUCUAUAGAUUUUUCCAAAUGUGACGUCCAGCCUCCGGAUAGCGUUCCGGAGCCCUUUUCAUUCAUGAACGAGAGAGUUUGGAUGGAUCCUAAGGAUCAAUUGGACUGCCAUAUGACGUUUACAAACAACGCAGUGGCGCAGAUCAUAAAAGACAACUUACAUUGUAACAACCAUGUGACGGAGGAGAUUACGGGUCCCCGCUAUUGCCCGAGCAUUGAAAGUAAAGUCCUCAAGUUUGGAAAACACGUUCAUCAAAUUUGGUUGGAACCUGAGGGCUUAAAUUCUGAUUUAAUCUAUCCUGGUGGUCUGUCAUGCACAUUACCAGCCGAUAAACAGCAAGAGCUUGUAAACUGUAUACCAGGAUUAGAAAAUGCCGAAGUGGUAAGGCCGGGAUAUGGCGUCGAAUAUGAUUUCAUUGAUCCCCGUGAAUUAUCGUAUCAGUUGGAGACCAAGAGAAUCUCGGGGCUCUUCUUAGCUGGUCAGAUCAACGGAACAACUGGAUAUGAAGAAGCUGCUGCCCAAGGAAUUGUGGCUGGGGUGAAUGCAGCUGCUCGGGUGUUGAAUAAACCACCCUUGAUUAUUGAUCGCACUGAAGCUUACAUAGGAGUUUUGAUCGACGAUCUAACUUCGAGAGGAGCCAGUGAACCGUAUAGGAUGUUCACCAGUCGAUCAGAAUUUCGUUUGAGCCUCAGGGCUGAUAAUGCCGAUCGCAGGCUCACCAGUAAAGGCUUCAAAAGCGGUUGUGUAUCUCAGGAAAGAAUGGAUUUGACUGAAAAUUUAGAGAAGCGCUUAGAAGAUGCGUUACAGGAACUAAAAUCUGUGAGGCAUAACACUGAUAAAUGGUAUGACCUUCUGGGAGUCAAGAAGACGAAAAUGGUAAAAGACCAGAGCGCUUUUGAUAUACUUAAUAGGACUGACGGAAAUGUUUCUUUUGAUGAUCUGGUUCGAUGUUUUCCGGAAAUAUUUGGACACCUUGGGGGCGACCCGCGUCUGUCGCGCAGAAUAAAGAUUGAAAUUACAUAUGACAAUGCUGUUAAGGAACAGCUCAGUGAGGUUCAGGAAAUGCGGAGACACGAAAAAAUGAUCAUACCCAGCAAUUUUGAUUAUAAAAAUAUCAAUCUUUCUACGGAGGAUAGGGAGAAGCUUACAGAGUCGAAGCCUCAAACUGUUGCAAGUGCGAGGAGAAUUCCGGGGGUAACACCAGCCGCCGUAUUCCGGAUUGUUCAACAGUUAAAAAGACGGGAGGAGAUACUGUAGAGACGUGUUGAUAAUAAAUUAUUUAUACAUUAAAUAAAAUCAAAGUUCACAUGAAUAUAUAGAAAUUAGAAA